AUGGUACAUUUGAAUAAAAUAAAUAAUUCCGUGUCAGGAUGCAGGAACUCCAAAAACAACGUUGUAUGUUCUGUAGAUUGUAAGGAAAAUAAAAGAAAUGAAAAAAAGGCAACAAAGUAUUUUUUCUCUAAGAAAUUUGCUUUUUGUUUUGUUGUUUCUGCAUAUAUAUUUUUAAAGUAUAAGGAUGAUUUCGAAAGACAGAAUGCUGCUUCUAAAUUACAAUUAAGUAACAAAAUUGUGAGGAAUUUAGCUGAGGAACAAGAAGAAGAAGUUAACGCAGAAGAUUACUCUGAGUUAGAAGAAAUGGAAGGAGAAGAAGCAGUCGAAGGAGAAGAGGCAAUGGAAGGAGAAGAAGAAGUUGAAGGAGAAGAAGCUGUUGAAGGAGAAGAAGCUGUUGAAGGAGAAGAAGCUGUUGAAGGAGAAGAAGCAGUUGAAGGAGAAGAAGUUGUUGAAGGAGAAGAAGCUGUUGAAGGAGAAGAAGCAGUGGAAGGAGAAGAAGCAGUUGAAGGAGAAGUAGUUCAAGGAGAAGAGGCAGUUGAAGGAGAAGUAGUUCAAGGAGAAGAGGCAGUUGAAGGAGAAGGCAUUAAGGCAUCUGCUGAAUCAAGUGAAGAACAAAAAAAAGAGGCUCCACCAGCUAAAAUUUUGAAGGAUGAUAGCAAUUUCAAAUUAUUAUCACCAGAUUGUGAAGAAAUACCUGUAACCGAAAAUAACGGCCCCUUGUUUAGUGAUGAUGGAAAUGUAGAUCCAAAUGAAUUAUUUGACCUCAAACCAUUAGAACAAAGUGCAGAAGAGAUAGCAAAACAUCCCAUUACAGCAGCAUAUUUGAGUAAGAUUUUUGAAGAAAUUACAAAAACUGAUUUACAAGAUAUUGAAUAUGAUUAUUACGUUGAUUUUAGCGUUGACGGAAGUCAAAUACCAAAGGGUGACUCAGAGGAUGAUUUAAAUGACGAAGAAGAGGGUGGUGCACCCCAAAAGAAAGGUGAAGUUGUAAAGGACCCAGCAGAAGAGGCUCUAAUGAAUGAUAUAUUAAAUUAUAUUACACAUGAUACGAUUCAAUAUGUAAAUGCAAAAAGAAAGUCUCCUGAAAUAAAUGAAGAAGAUAUUCCAAAGACAUCUCCUGCAACAAUAAAUAAUGCAGAGUUUGCUGCUAAGUAUAAGGGGCAUUCAGUAGAUCUUUCAAAAUAUAAAGUGAUGGAUCACAAAAAAUUUGCCAAAACAGACAAAAUAGAAGAUCUCAUAAAGAAUGAAGUAAUUGAAGCUAUGAAUGACAUCGGAAGUGAUAUUUUAACGGAAGAAUUUGAUGAUUUAUUAGAUAAUUAUUUUGGUGAAAAAAAAAACAUUGAAAAUAUAGACCAAAAUACGGAAGAAGAAACUGAAGAAGAAACUGAAGAAGAAACUGAAGUAGCAACAAAAGGAGCAACUGAAGUAAUCGCUGAAGAAGUUGCUGAAGAAGCCGCUGAAAAACCCGCUGAAGAAGUUGCUGAGGAAGUUACUGAAGAAGUCGCUGAGGAAGUUGCUGAAGAAGUCGCUGAAAAAUCCGCUGAAGAAGAAGUUACUGAAGAAGAAGUUACUGAAGAAACCGCUGAAGAAACUGCUGAAGAAACUGCUGAAGAAAUCGCUGACGAAACUGCUGAAGAAACUGCCGAAGAAACUGCUGAAGAAACUGCCGAAGAAACUGCUGAAGAAACUGCUGAAGAAACCGCUGAAGAAACCGCUGAAGAAACCGCCGAAGAAACCGCCGAAGAAACCGCCGAAGAAACCGUCGAAGAAACCGCCGAAGAAACCGCCGAAGAAACCGCCGAAGAAACCGUCGAAGAAGCCCCUGAAGUAGUUGAAAAAGCCCCUGAAGUAGUUGAAGAAGUCCCUGAAAUUGUUAAAGAAGUAAAGGAGAAAAAAAAGCACAUUCGAACUGGUAUUAUGGAUAAUAACACAUACAAUAAGAUAUUGAAUGAGUUGUAUGCGGAUAUAGCAAAAGAUGAAGAAAAGGAAAGAGCUGAAAUUGCCAAAGCUGAAGAAGAAAAACUUGCAAAAAAAGCCUUAGAAGAAGAUUCAAAAGGAAAGAAAAAAAAAAAAAAAAGCAAAAUAUGUAAAAUGAAAAAGAUCUUAGAUAAAUAUGCAGCAGAAAAUCCAGUAGUGCAAAGACCAUAUUUAAGAAAUGCUGUAGAAGAUAAUAUAGUAGAUUCAGAUGAAAUGGACGAUUUAUUGUUUAAGGAUUUUAACUUAUUAGAAAAAUAUGGAACACAUAAAACUAGCACCUUUUAUUAUGAAAUGACAUGUUUUGACGAAAGAUUGAGAAAUUCAGAAAUAAACGAAAAGAUAAAAGAACUUGAUGCAUUACCAAAAAGAAAUGAAAUGCUUUCCCUUUAUUGGCAAUCGUAUAGAAAUGAAAGACAUAAAUUUCUAGCUGUUAAAAAAUAUUUAUUAGGAAAAUUUAUGGAAUUAAAGAAAAGGCAGACCACUGAAACUCUUCCAAAAUUUAACAAGAAAUGGAAAAAAUGUGAAGAAAUAGUUGAAAAUCAUUUUACAAAACAACAUGAACAUGUGAAUGAUGUAUUUUAUAGCUUUAUUACAAGAAAUAACGUAACAAAGGAUGAGUUCAAAGGUAUCAUUGAAAAUAUUAGAGCCUCAUGGGAUGAUGUUACCCAUAAAGCAAAAGAUGAAUGUAUUGCGUUUAUGGAAGUGCCAAUUCCACAAGAAGUAAAACAAAGAAAAGACAGCAAACCCACGAAGGGAUUAAGUUAUUGGGAAAAAUUUAACUUUAAAGGAUUUUUUAAUUAA